AUGUUGAUUGUAGCAAAUGUAAAGGUUUAUAUGACUAUGUUGUAUCCACUGUAUGCCAAAACUGCAUUCUGCCACGUAUGUUAUAAUGCUUUGCGCUUAACCAGCACGUUGGAGAAGGAAGUGUCUGAGCUUCUAGAAGCUAUACCUAAGCCCUUCCUUUCACUUCACCUUCGGUUUGAACUCAAAGGGUUAACUUCAGUCUACGCAAACAUUUUUACCAAGUCAAUCUUUCAUAGUGUUGAGGACUUUGCAAACAUGCAUGGAAACACGAAAGCUGCACUGGAUUACUACGUGUCCAUCAGCAGUGAUUCAAAUGUGGCCACUUAUUUCGGAAAUAUGGAUAAAAUGGUUGCAGCAAUGCGUGCUUUCAAGGGAUUACCGAAAACACUUUUCUUAAGCCGGAGAGGUUUUGCUGUGUUAACUUCUCAGAGGCUCAAGGGGAAGGCACUACUUGAAGCCCUGUGGAAAGUUCAUAGAGAUGAUUUUGUAAUGGGUGUAGGGUCUGCUUUACCCGACUGCUUUUGA